AUGGGUGUUAGCAGCCAUGUAAAGAUUAUUGUCUACUUCGUCUUGUUUUCAGUAUUAGUUUCAAAGGGUUCAUCAUUAUUAGGUUUUCCAACUACUGUGCAUAUACGGAAUGAUAUUGAAGGUUACAGUGUUUACUUGAAUUAUCACUGCCAAUCCGGGGAUGACGAUCUAGGUCAACGUGGGCUAAAUUUUGGUGAAGAGUGGCACUGGAAAUUUCAUGUAAACCUUGGUUCAACAUACGUUUGGUGUGAUUAUCGAUGGUAUGAUAACUGGAAUUAUCGUUGGUAUGAAGGAAGCCAUGAAGUUUACGAUGCGAAAGUAGAUACUGCACUAACACCACACUUCUUUAAUCUCUGCCAUACUGAUUGCGUUUGGUCUGCUCGCCGAGAUGGAAUGUAUCUCCUUCGACAUCCCGAAGGAACAUGGGAAAAAAGGUAUUCUUGGCCAGCUUGA